CUCAGUAUUACUACGCCUGAACCUCUAAAAUAAAUAAAAUUUAUCAAACGUUACUUCACCAACUAAUUAAUUUAAAUUACUAAAGUUACCAACUAAUUUUAUUUUAUAAAAAUAAAUAAAGCCUUCAAGGUAAAUACAACAAAUAAAAUAUUUAUAAAUAAUAAUCGGGACUAUUUUCUUGACAAAGAGGGCGGAUAAUGGCCGCCAUUAUAGAUGUCAGCGGUGAGCAGAGUGACGGGAUUUGGUUUGCGUCAGUCGGUUUAGUGCGCGGAUGAGUGAAUAAAACAUCAUCACCGGGACUGCUGGGCCACUUGUAACUGCUUGUAGUACUGAUAGUUGUGAAACCUGGAUUUAAAUAAGAUACUUUGUGUUAGUUGUCUAUGAACACGUGAUUAUUUAUGAUAUAUAUAAACAUCAAUUAUAAAUUUAUAAUAACGCGGGUGUAUUUGUUAACGAUAUCGAUAUAACAAUAAUAUAAAAUGUCGCAGCUACUACCCAUAAGGUUUCAGGAACAUCUUCAGCUUACGGCUGUAGGAAUAAAUGCUAACAAUGUCAGCUUCAAUACACUUACUAUGGAGUCUGAUAAAUUUAUCUGUGUGCGUGAAAAAGUUGGUGAUACAUCGCAAGUUGUUAUUGUCGAUUUAAAUGACACCGCAAAUCCUAUCAGAAGGCCCAUUUCUGCUGAUUCUGCUAUUAUGAACCCUGCAAGCAAAGUUAUUGCUCUAAAAGCACAAAAAACUCUACAAAUUUUUAAUAUCGAAAUGAAAUCCAAGAUGAAAGCUCACACGAUGGCAGAAGACGUUGUGUUCUGGAAAUGGAUAUCACCGAACACUCUAGCUCUGGUGACAGAGCAAUCAGUUUAUCAUUGGUCAAUGGAAGGUGACUCGACGCCAACUAAAAUAUUCGAUCGUCAUGCGUCUUUGAAUGGUUGUCAGAUAAUUAAUUAUCGUACUGAUCCAAAGCAAACCUGGCUCCUAUUAAUUGGUAUAUCGGCACAACAUAAUCGUGUCGUAGGUGCAAUGCAUCUUUACUCAGUCGAACGCAAAUGUUCACAACCGAUUGAAGGACACGCGGCUUCGUUUGCGCAGUUCAAGAUGGAGGGUAACGCUGAACCUAGUAAUCUAUUUUGUUUUGCCGUAAGGACGACCCAAGGGGCGAAACUUCAUAUCAUUGAAGUAGGUCAACCACCAGCUGGCAAUGCUCCAUUCCCUAAAAAAGCCGUCGAUGUUUUCUUUCCAGCUGAGGCUAGUAACGAUUUUCCUGUUGCGAUGCAAGUUAGCUCCAAGUAUGAUGUUAUCUAUCUUAUCACUAAGUACGGAUACAUUCACAUGUAUGACAUUGAAUCCGCCACCUGUAUAUUCAUGAAUCGUAUAUCCGGUGAAACUAUUUUCGUUACUGCUCCCCAUGAAGCUUCUGGUGGUAUAAUUGGUGUUAAUCGCAAAGGACAAGUACUCUCUGUGUCUGUCGAAGAAGAAAAUAUUAUUCCAUACAUAAAUGGAGUUCUUCAGAAUCCAGAAUUAGCAUUGAGAAUGGCAGUCAGAAAUAAUUUAUCUGGUGCUGAAGAUUUAUUUGUACGUAAAUUCAACAUGCUUUUCCAGAACGGACAGUACGCAGAAGCUGCUAAAGUUGCUGCAAAUGCACCCAAGGGAAUAUUGCGUACACCAGCUACUAUUCAACGUUUUCAACAGGUACCAACAACACAAGGUCAAACAUCUCCAUUGCUACAGUAUUUUGGUAUUCUAUUGGAUCAAGGACAGUUAAAUAAAUUUGAAUCACUAGAAUUAUGCCGACCGGUUUUAGUACAGGGCCGUAAACAAUUACUGGAAAAAUGGCUUAAAGAAGAUAAAUUGGAGUGCAGUGAAGAACUGGGUGAUUUAGUUAAACAAGCAGAUCCUACACUCGCUUUGAGUGUUUAUUUGCGUGCUAAUGUACCGAACAAAGUUAUACAAUGCUUCGCUGAAACAGGACAAUUUCAAAAAAUUGUCCUUUAUGCUAAAAAGGUAUCUUAUACUCCGGAUUAUAUAUUCUUGUUGAGAAACGUUAUGAGAAUAAAUCCCGAUCAGGGUGUCGCAUUUGCCCAAAUGCUUGUACAGGAUGAUGAGCCGCUGGCAGAUAUUAAUCAGAUUGUUGAUAUAUUUAUGGAACAAAAUAUGGUACAGCAGUGUACGGCAUUUUUGUUGGAUGCAUUGAAGAAUAACAGACCGAGUGAAGGAGCUCUUCAGACACGUCUGCUUGAAAUGAAUUUAAUGUCUGCGCCUCAAGUUGCCGACGCUAUUCUCGGCAAUCAAAUGUUUACUCACUAUGAUCGCGCACACGUUGCACAGCUGUGCGAAAAAGCUGGAUUAUUGCAGCGUGCAUUGGAACACUAUACCGAUUUAUAUGACAUUAAACGCGCCGUUGUGCAUACCCACUUAUUAUCUGCCGACUGGCUCGUUGGAUUCUUUGGUACUCUGUCCGUUGAAGACUCACUUGAAUGCCUGAAAGCCAUGAUGACUGCAAAUAUACGUCAAAAUUUACAGAUUUGCGUUCAGAUUGCUACUAAAUAUCACGAACAAUUGACGACAAAAUCAUUGAUUGAUCUAUUUGAGAGCUUUAAAUCAUACGAAGGAUUGUUUUAUUUCCUUGGAUCGAUUGUUAAUUUCAGUCAGGAUCAAGAGGUUCAUUUCAAGUACAUCCAAGCUGCGUGUAAAAUUGGACAGAUCAAAGAAGUCGAACGUAUUUGUCGUGAGAGUCAUUGUUAUAAUGCCGAACGUGUUAAAAAUUUCUUGAAAGAGGCCAAGUUAUCUGAUCAAUUACCGCUCAUAAUUGUCUGCGAUCGAUUUGACUUUGUCCACGACCUUGUUCUCUACCUUUAUCGUAACAACUUGCAGAAGUAUAUUGAAAUUUAUGUACAAAAGGUAAAUCCAUCACGUUUGCCUGUUGUUAUUGGCGGAUUACUGGACGUGGACUGCUCAGAAGACAUAAUUAAAAAUUUAAUUCUCGUUGUCAGAGGUCAAUUUUCAACAGACGAGCUCGUUGAAGAAGUUGAGAAACGUAAUCGUCUGAAGCUUCUUCUUCCGUGGUUAGAAUCUCGUGUCCAUGAGGGUUGCAUCGAACCAGCGACGCACAAUGCUCUUGCUAAAAUUUACAUCGACAGUAAUAAUAAUCCUGAGAGAUUUUUGAAAGAAAACCAGUUUUACGACAGCCGCGUUGUUGGUAAAUACUGCGAAAAACGUGACCCACAUUUGGCAUGCAUCGCUUAUGAACGUGGUCAGUGUGAUCGUGAAUUAAUAAGCGUUUGUAAUGAAAACAGCUUAUUUAAGAGCGAAGCAAGAUAUUUGGUACGUCGACGUGAUCCUGAUCUUUGGGCAGAAGUAUUACUUGAAAGUAAUCCCUACAAACGUCCGUUGAUUGAUCAAGUUGUACAAACAGCAUUGUCUGAAACUCAAGAUCCAGAAGAUAUUUCAGUAACAGUAAAAGCUUUUAUGACCGCAGAUUUACCCAAUGAACUUAUUGAACUAUUGGAAAAAAUAGUAUUAGACAGCAGUGUCUUCAGUGACCACCGUAAUUUACAAAAUCUUUUGAUCUUGACAGCUAUAAAGGCCGAUCGCACACGUGUUAUGGAAUACAUUAAUCGUCUUGACAAUUAUGAUGCACCAGAUAUUGCGAAUAUUGCAAUAAACAAUGAAUUAUAUGAAGAAGCAUUCGCUAUUUUCAAAAAAUUCGAUGUCAAUACAUCAGCUAUUCAGGUAUUGAUUGAACAAGUUGGUAAUCUAGACCGCGCAUACGAAUUCGCCGAGAGAUGCAAUGAACCAGCGGUGUGGUCACAAUUGGCACGUGCUCAAUUACAACAAGGGCUCGUUAAAGAAGCUAUUGACAGUUUUAUUAAAGCGGAUGAUCCAUCAGCUUACGUUGAUGUUGUUGAAACAGCCCACCGCACAUCACACUGGGAAGAUCUUGUCCGUUAUCUUCAAAUGGCUCGUAAAAAAGCACGUGAAUCAUUUAUCGAGAGUGAAUUAAUUUAUGCUUACGCGCGUACAAACAGACUUGCUGAUUUAGAAGAAUUUAUAUCUGGUCCUAAUCACGCGGAUAUACAAAAAAUAGGAGACAGAUGUUUUGAUGAUAAAAUGUAUGAUGCUGCUAAAUUACUUUACAACAAUGUGUCUAAUUUUGCACGAUUGGCUAUCACAUUAGUACAUCUUAAAGAAUUUCAAGGCGCUGUUGAUUCAGCACGGAAAGCUAAUUCAACACGUACAUGGAAGGAAGUUUGUUUCGCUUGUGUCGAUAGCGGUGAAUUCCGUUUGGCACAAAUGUGCGGUCUACAUAUUGUUGUGCACGCAGAUGAACUUGAAGAUUUAAUAAAUUAUUAUCAAGAUCGUGGUCACUUUGAGGAAUUAAUAAACUUACUUGAAGCAGCACUGGGUCUCGAGCGUGCACACAUGGGAAUGUUUACUGAACUGGCUAUACUGUACAGUAAAUACAAACCACAGAGAAUGCGUGAGCACUUGGAAUUGUUUUGGUCACGUGUUAAUAUACCUAAAGUACUACGUGCUGCAGAAUCAGCUCACCUGUGGGCAGAGCUUGUUUUUCUUUAUGACAAAUAUGAGGAAUACGACAAUGCAGUACUUGCUAUGAUGCAGCAUCCAACAGAGGCAUGGAGAGAGGGACACUUUAAAGAUGUUAUUACAAAAGUUGCUAAUGUCGAAUUGUAUUACAAGGCAAUACAAUUUUAUCUUGACUACAAACCAUUACUUUUGAAUGACAUACUGUUGGUAUUGUCACCGCGAAUGGAUCACACGAGAGCUGUUGGCCAUUUCACACGUACUGGGCAUUUACAAUUAGUUAAACCAUACUUGAGAUCAGUACAAGCACUCAAUAACAAAGCUAUAAAUGAAGCAUUAAAUGGUUUACUAAUUGAUGAAGAGGAUUACCAGGGUCUUAGAACGUCGAUAGAUGCUUUUGAUAACUUUGAUAACAUUGCACUUGCUCAACAGCUUGAAAAGCAUGAGCUUAUUGAGUUUAGAAGGAUUGCCGCUUAUCUUUACAAAGGUAACAACAGAUGGAAACAGUCUGUUGAGUUGUGCAAGAAAGAUAGACUAUUCCGAGAUGCUAUGGAGUACGCCGCAGAAUCUAAAAAUGCAGAGGUAGCUGAAGAAUUAUUAGAAUGGUUCUUAGAACGAGGAUCUAAAGAUUGUUUCGCCGCUUGCCUAUUUUAUUGUUAUGAUCUUCUUCAUCCUGACGUUAUUCUCGAGCUUGCGUGGAAACAUCGCAUCAUUCACUUUGCAAUGCCGUAUCUUAUUCAAGUUAUGCGUGAAUACAUUACUAAAGUUGAUAAAUUAGAAGAAGCUGAAAGUAGGCGUGCUGAAGAAACCAGUCAUGAAGAACACAAGCCCAUGAUAAUGCCGGAGCCACAGUUGAUGCUGACAGCAGGUCCAGGUAUGAUGGCACCAGGUUACGCACCUCAAGCUGUUUAUGGUACACCAGCUCCUGGUGUUUAUGCACCAGCAGCGGCAGCUUAUCAAGGCUAUGGCAUGUGAAACGAAUUUAAUGAACCGUUUAUUGCAACUAAAAUUAUAACAACUGAUCAACAACUACUGCGGUUUUGUUAGAACAAUCUUGACCGUUUAGCUAUUAGUCAUACUCUGCUGGAUUUAAAUAAAUUCAAGUACAGCGACAAAUAAUAAACAAAUAAAAUAUAGUCAUUUAAUUGAUAAAAUAAUAAGUAAUAAUAUGACGGGAGAUUUAAUUCUUACGUAAUUUAAUUUGGUUCGACACGGCAAAUGUCUACAGUCAUAUAUAAAUAUAUUAUUUCUCAUAAAUUUCAUCACAGAUACAGAGUUAUUAUACUAAUAGAAGCUAUCGCUAAUUGAGAGUUGAUUUAUCUUUUUUUUUUUAAUUUGAAUUUGAAUUUGUUAUCCCACUCAUUGAAUAAUAAUUAUUUUAAUUAUUGAUAGUAUUGUAAUCAAUAUAAAUCCUGCUUGUGCCGGGCGCUGCCGAUUUAAAAAAUAAAUAAAAUUAAUGUUAUACUAUAUCUGACUGUAAUUACGAAUAUUCCAGUACAAAGAUUUAAGAGAGAAUAGGACAAAAAUUCAUAUACAUUAAUAAAUUUAUUUGCUUUGUUAAAUUAUCUAUACGUGUGUUGUUUUUAAAAAUUUAUUGCACGUUUAUUCUUUGCAAGUUUCAUUCAAAUUUCGUCGGCUGCUCUUUUCG